UACAUUAAUAAAUAAAUGGUUCGUGUGCUAGCUCACUCUAGUUACUCCUCACCAGCUUCAGUGAGAAGAAAAGAAAAGGACGAAGCCAUGCGUUUUUGCCCGUGCUUUGGAUCCGACGAGGCCAAGGCGAUCGCCGAUCGCGACCCGGUUCUGCUAGUUUCGGGCAUGGGCGGCUCCAUUGUGAAUUCCAAGCCCAAGACAUUCGGGUUCACAACCCGGGUUUGGGUCAGGCUUCUGCUCGCUGAUUUGGAGUUCCGGAAGAAGAUUUGGUCCCAUUACAAUCCCAAAACAGGCUACUGUGAAACGUUGGACAAGAAGUCUGAGCUUGUGGUCCCUGACGAUGAUCAUGGCCUCUAUGCGAUCGAUAUUUUGGAUCCAUCGUGGUUUACGAAGUGUGUGCAUUUGACAGAGGUGUAUCAUUUUCACGACAUGAUUGAAAUGCUUGUUGGAUGCGGUUACGAGAAGGGAACCACGCUGUUUGGGUUCGGAUAUGAUUUCCGCCAAAGCAAUAGGAUUGACAAGUCAAUGGAAGGUCUUAAACAUAAGUUGGAGACUGCUCACAAAGCUUCUGGUGGAAGAAAAGUCAAUUUAAUUUCUCAUUCCAUGGGAGGAAUUAUGAUCUCGUGUUUCAUGUCGCUUCACAGAGAUGUGUUUACGAAAUAUGUGAAUAAGUGGAUUUGCUUGGCUUGCCCUUUCCAAGGAGCCCCAGGGUGCAUCAAUGAUUCUUUAUUAACUGGAUUAGAGUUUGUUGAUGGCUUUCAAAGCUACUUUUUUGUGAAAAGGUGGACUAUGCAUCAAUUGCUAGUGGAGUGUCCAUCAGUCUAUGAAAUGUUGGCAAAUCCAUCUUAUGAGUGGAAAAAGCAGCCAGAAAUUCUAGUCUGGCGAAAGCAUACAAAGGACGGGGACAAUAACACCAAUUUGGAAUCUUAUGGACCAACCCAGAGCAUAUCUUUAUUUGAAGAAGCACUGCGGAAUAAUGAGCUAAGUUAUAAUGGGAAAACAAUACGGCUUCCCUUUAACUUUGACAUCCUUGACUGGGCUAUUAAAACACGACAACUUAUCGCAAAUGCUAAAUUGCCAGAUGGAGUCAGCUUCUAUAACAUUUACGGGACAUCGUUGGACACACCUUUUGAUGUUUGUUAUGGUUCGGAAGAUUCUCCAAUUGAGGACUUAUCCGAAAUUUGCCACACAAUGCUAAUACAAUACUUAAGCGACCAACAUGUCUUCGCUUAAGCAAGCAGAAACCAUGCUUUAAGCGAAAGUCUCUCUUUAUAUCUUCUCGGCAAAUUGAUUGAGUUCGUUUAAGUGAGAAGACCCUUGCUCUAAGUGAAUUUUCUAAUGUUGUUAAAUCAACGAACCAUCGAAGUUGCUCCAUUUACCAACAUAGAUAAAAUAAACUCUAAAAAAAUAUUUUUUAAACAAUAAAAGUCGAAAAGCUUAAAAUAUAUGUUCUAUGAUUAUUGUUAAAAAUAUGAUUGUCAAUGGAAAGUUGAAUGAUCUAUGAUCUAUUUUCUUCGUUUCUGUUUGUUAGAAAUGAUAUGAGAAACAAGACAAUUUGUUUUUAAUUGACUAAACAAUUGGGAAAAUCUCCCUAGAAAGCAAUAUACUGGCUCUAGAUGUUUUGAGAAGUCUAGAGCCACUCCUUAUUCUACUCGAUCAUUCCCCUAAAGUUCCUAACUUGCAGAACUUAAAGGGUCUGCACACCUCCCAGUACCCAAAGUCUUUAGUUCUCUAAGUUUUGACCAGAGAUCUCUCUCUUCUCCACUAUUAUUUAUAGGUAACAUUCCUUAUUUCUUCAACCAGAUAUCCUAACUAAUUAACUAACUAAAGGGUAUCCCUCAUCACUCCACCCAUUAGCCAAGCAAUUUGUUGAUGCUGAAAUAGAGUCCCGUUGGUGUUCCAACUGAUUGAAGCAUGGUGACCAAGCUAACCAGAUUUCCGCAACCCAAAAUAAAUUUCAAUUGUCCUGUGUCAGAAACAAAUGUGAUAGUGUCUCCGUCCAUUAAUCUAUAUUUCUGUUUCCUGAGGUGUUUUUGGCUAUGAAACACAGUGUUUCACGUUGCAGCUGAAGGUUUUCAAGGUUGUCCACCGUACUCUGCUGGGUCUUGCCCAUGAGGAGACAUGUGGACAAUUAAUCUGUUUUCUUCUCUCUCUCUCUCUCUCUCCCCCCCCCCCUCGUAGCCAUUGUACAUAGUACUGACAUGUUGGACAGUUAAACAGUCAUGUUUUUACUUGAUUUUAUCCAUUUUGUCCUCUGCUCCCACUCAUUUAGGUAUGGAUGUUGGAUUCAUCUUGUGUAUUUUCAUUCAUGCAUUUUUUCUGAUUUUCCAAUUCAUCAUUGUCACAAUAAUUAAAGGUUCCUUUUUGACAAAGAUCUAAUCUUGUUUUGGCAAUGAUAUAUAACAAUAGGCUUAGUACAAGUGAUAUAUCGGAUUUUAUGAUCCUAUACAAGCUCUAAGCCAUAUUUAUAAAAUUAAUCCUGUUAAAAGGAAAGAUGGAAAAUAUGAACAAAAUAAACUUAUUAAGGGAAAGAUGGAAGCUCGGAGUAGGCUAAUCCUACUAAGGGAAAGAUGGAAUUAUUAAUAGGCUUAACCUACGGAGGGAAAGACGGAAAAUGAAAAUUUUCCUGUAAUAAUUACAAAUAUAAUGUGAAUAGUAUAUAGAGAUAUUCUCUCAUAAACUAGUGCCAAUUUACAACACGACUUUUGUUUGCUUUUUUUGGCUUUUAAGGGUUUUGAUAAAAAUAAGAAUACCAUAAUUUAAGGGCGGGCUGCUGCUUUUUGCAGUUCCUUCCAUUUUUAGAAGGGUGUAUCUUUUCCCCUCGCAUUGUUUUAAUUCAAGUUAGUUUUAAGAAAAUAUCUAUAACUGGUGUGAAAGAUUUUAGAAAGUUUACAUAAUUUUUUCUAUUUUGACUCUGUAUUUUGUUUUUCUUUCUGUUCCUAGGAUAUAUUUCAUUUCUUGCUAAUAAUACGCUGCUGUGUCUGUGCAUACAUGUAUUAAGAAAUUUCCUCGUCU